CGAAAGUUGGUCCCGUCUGCCUACCUAGGUACAGUACAGUCGGUUAACUGGUUCACUAUCCAUCCUCGUGAGCUUGUCACUAUUUACUACAUACACCUCUCGCAGAAAUGAAGAUAAAGGCACUGAGCCGCGCCCCUCAGCAGCCUGCGGGCUCUGACGUCGCAAGAAAACCGAAGAAUGUCGAUCCAGCCCUGCAUCCCUUUGAGCGGGCGAGGGAGUACCAAAGGGCUCUCAAUGCAGUCAAGAUGGAGAGGAUGUUUGCCGCGCCUUUUAUAGCACAGCUUGGCAAGGGUCACGUAGACUCGGUCUUCUCCAUGACAGUGGACCCUGAAUCUCUUUCAAGAGUCGCAUCUGGAAGCGCCGAUGGUGUUGUUAAGAUCUGGGACUUGACAAGUCGGGAAGAAGUGUGGCACACGACGGCGCACGAGAACAUCGUCAAGGGCAUGUGCUUCACAAAGGACCAAAAGCUUCUCACCUGCGCUUCCGACAAGACCAUCAAGCUCUUCUCGCCCGACCAGGAUUCCAACUCGGCUCCUCUAUCAACCUGGCUUGGAACCAACGCUUUCACGUCUCUGUCCCAUCACCGAUCCAAGAACUCGUUCGCUGCCGCUUCCAGCGUCAUAUCCGUCUAUGACCUUGAACGCCACUCUGCCGCACCCGAAGUUUUGCGCUGGCCCACAUCUACAGACACUAUCAACUCCGUUGCAUUUAACCAAGUGGAGCAGUCAAUAAUCGGCUCAUGUGCCUCGGAUCGCGGUAUCAUAUUAUACGAUCUGCGAACUUCAAUGCCUCUGCACAAGACUGUUUUGAAUUUCACUUGUAACAAAUUCGCAUGGAACCCUAUGGAAGCUUUCAACUUUGCAGUUGCCAGUGAGGACCACAACAUUUAUAUAUUUGACAUGCGCAAAAUCGACCGAGCCCUGAAUGUACUGAAAGGACAUGUGGCUGCCGUCAUGGAUGUACAAUUUUCACCAAAUGGUGAAGAGCUUGUUUCCGGGUCGUAUGAUCGUACUAUCAGACUCUGGAAGAGGGACAAGGGCCACUCUGCCGACAUUUACCAUACAAAACGGAUGCAGCGUGUCUUUGCCUCUGCCUGGACUCCGGAUAAUAAAUAUGUUCUGAGCGGCUCCGACGAUGGUAACGUGCGGCUGUGGCGAGCUCGUGCCUCGCAGCGCGAGGGCAUCAAAUCUGCGCGUCAGCGGCAGGCUGAAGAGUACAACCAAGCAGUGACGGCACGUUAUGCUCACAUGCCCGAGAUUAGGCGAAUCAAGAACCACCGUCACGUCCCCAAGGUGAUAAAGAAGGCGGGCGAAAUCAAGAGCGAAGAGCUCAGGGCUAUUAAGAGGCGUGAGGAGAACGAGCGCAAGCACUCGAGCAAGAAAUUUGAGAAGCGAAAGGCGGAGAGAGAGAAGAUGAUUCUGGCCAAGGAGAAGUGAGCUUAGGGAUGCGUCAUCCCCCAUACUUAUGUCCUGUAACACCCAGGGCUUUUUCCUACAAAUGGCGUUGAUUCCGUUUGCUGCAUUGCAUGGCGUUCUUUUUUGGUACCGGGCCGCGACUUGUUCGCAAGGAUAAUAGAGUUGAGGUUCUUUUGUUUAUACCCUAGAAAAUCUCAAGAGUAUAUAUUACGGCUUAUGUUUCCUUUACCCGCGGAGAUCAUGGCGCAGGCGUGCUUAUAAGAUUUGUUUGCACCUGUCAUGUAGGGAAGUUCAGGGGUC